CCUGUUUCUCCCCCAUCAGGGCAGUCUCAGUCUCAGCUUCAAAAGAACAAACUCGCACUCAAAACAAAGGAAGACGCCUCGGCUGCAGAGGAAGCAGGAAGCUGCUGGCCCGCUCUGAGCCCAGCUGCUGGAACCUGGGGUCAGCAGGAUGGAGUCGGUGGCCCUGUACAGCUUCCAGGCCACAGAAAGCGACGAGCUGGCCUUUAACAAGGGGGACACACUCAAGAUCCUAAACAUGGAAGAUGACCAGAACUGGUAUAAGGCCGAGCUCCGGGGUGCCGAAGGGUUUAUCCCCAAGAACUACAUCCGUGUCAAGCCCCACCCGUGGUACCUGGGCAGGAUUUCCCGGCAGCUAGCUGAAGAGAUUCUGAUGAAGAGGAACCAUCUGGGAGCCUUCCUGAUCCGGGAGAGUGAGAGUUCCCCAGGAGAGUUCUCCAUCUCUGUGAACUACGGGGACCAGGUGCAGCACUUCAAGGUACUGCGAGAGGCCUCAGGAAAGUACUUCCUAUGGGAGGAGAAAUUCAACUCUCUGAAUGAGCUCGUUGACUUCUACCGCACAACCACCAUUGCCAAGAAGCGGCAGGUCCUCCUGCGUGAUGAGGAGCCCCUGUUCCAGCCACCCCAGCUCUGCUUCGCCCAGGCCCAGUUUGACUUCUCAGCUCAGGACCCCACUCAGCUCAGCUUCCGGCGAGGUGACAUCAUCGAGGUCCUGGAGCGCCUGGACCCCCACUGGUGGCGGGGCAGGUAUUGCGGGCGUGUGGGCUUCUUCCCACGGAGCUAUGUACAGCCUGUCCACCUGUGACCCAUGUCCAGAGAGAGGACAUGGCCAUCCCCACAUCACAUCACACAGGACUCAGCAGAAGGCCUUGGAAAGACAUGGGCUCCUGUCUCCAACCACUUGGCACAAACCAGGAUGGCCCCCAGCGCCCCAGAACUGCAGCUAUAUUUAGUGACCUCAGUGACAGUAGCUCCAGCAUUUCCCACCUGGCCACUUUCCAUUGGCUGCCAGUGGUGUGAUGUCAUGGGCAGGGUCUGAAAAGGCCCCACCCCUCCUGUCAAUGGCCUCUCCUCUGGGAAGGUUGAGGACUCCCAGGUUGCACUCACAGAGGUUGGGGGGGUGGUUAUAGCUCAGCCCAAGGAACCCUGGGCAUGGUGAGAGGGUUGCCUUGGCAGACCACCUGCUAGGUCUACCUGCCUCUUCCUCCAAAGGCCUCUCAAGUUGUCUGGGCUAUUGGGGAGGGGCUUUGCCCCUAGGGACAUGCUGGACAGACACCGGGUGGACACCAACUUUUUAGCUGCAUGACUUUGGCUCCAGCUGGAGCAGCUGGCACAUCUGCCCCACCACAGACACUUUGGGGAGGGGCUGGAGACCCCAAGACCCUGAGGAUGGGGGUGGGGGGCAGUGGGGAAAAUGGACACAGGGCUCCUCUCCUAUGGGAGCUCCAAGAGGCAAGCACUGGGCCCAGCCCCGCAGGGUACUGAGGCUGCACUGGCUCUUCAGGCCCAAGUUCUGCCCAAACUCGGGCCCAGAGAGCCUGAGGGAGGCCAAGAAGCCUACAGGCCAGAUGGGAAGUCAGAGCCAGAGCUGGGUUUCAGAGAUUCAGCAAGACCAGAGUGGGGCAGAGAGCUUAGGUGGGGGCUAAGGAAGGACAGGACACGUAGCCAGUGCAGGGCACUGAGCAGCACCUACCCAGAGCCUGGUACCUUCAGGACAGGACAAGAGAGGUGGGCUUGGAAAGGCUUUGAACACCAGGCUAAAGGUGGAGGGGCUGGUGUGCAGGAAGGGGGGUGGAGGGCUCUCCCUGGCAUGUGGGUGCAGGCAAGAUGAGGGAUGAGCCCUGGUGGCUGCUGUAGUCCCUCAAGGGGCCCUGUGGGGGUCUUCAUCCAGGGGGGCCAAUACCCUCAAAACCCUGAGCUCUGAAAACUAUGCUGCUCCUGAGCUGGCCCAUGUAUUCUAAACAAAAAUAGUGAAACCAAUGUAAAUAUGUCCAUCAGAAAUCUAAU